GCAUCUGUUUCACAAGGCUCGUGCUUUAAGGCUGUUCUAGCGCUGCAACGCAAGGAAGCUCAUCGAUAUGCCCCGCGCUGGCUCUGGAACAAUGGCAGCUCUUAGUGUUGGCCCAAGCCCCUCCCAAGAUCCGUCGGCAGAUUUGCGGCAGCUCCCUGUCUAGGGGACGUCCCAGGCGUUUAUAUCCAGAUCCAUAUCCUCGCAUCUGACCUCUAGGCAGCCGCCGAACCAGCAUCUUGUCCCCUUUCGCUUUUAAUUGUCUUUGCCUGGGAGAAGCGAGCUAUCAGGGGAGGCGCUCGCCUACAAAAGGGCACAAACCAAAGCCGCCAGAGUGGCCUGCCUGACGCAUCAGCCAUCAUGCCGAACCAGUGUCAUACAGUCCUACACUUCGGCAUCACAACAGCGACUUACGAAAACCAGACGAACUAACCUCGACCCGAUACGGCGCGCGACAUAACACGGCGAAAUGAAUCAAUCUGAUAAGCGCCGCGGUGGCGGUCGCAGCAGCAGCAACGGCCCAGCUUGGCGAACUGGACCAGCGACGCACACAAGCCGCCACAGCACCCAUACGAUAGGUGGAGGAGCAGGAGCAAGCGCAGGGAACAGCAGCGGCGGCAACAAUUCCGACACGAUGCCUUUGAUGCCACCUCGCGCAGCCAUGGUUAGCACCAACUCAGCAGGCGGAGACGACUCCCAUAAUGGAAGCCCGAUCCUAGAUCGAAAACGCAAAGAGAAGGCUCGAGAUAAAUCGAACAGCUCUUCUAGCACAGCCAGAGGAUCAAGUCCACACGGCGUGUCCAGUACCGGCAUUAAUAGUGGCGGCAGCGGCAGCCCGAUCUCAAAGCAGCAGCUUCGCCGUCAGCAGCAGCAGCAGCAGCAAUCAGAUUCAGCCUCAACAAGCCUCCUCCGCGAGAAAGACGAGCGCAUCGCCUAUCUGGAGAACGAAAUGGGAAUCAUGGAAAGAGAGUUCCAUCAAGAACUGGAUAGACUGAGCCAGACAGAGAGCGAAACCGCGACGUUUUGGCAGGGCAAACAUAGCGCACUGAACCAGCAGUACCUGCGCACAGAUACAGAGCUGAGACUGCUGCGAGCCGAAGUUGACGUGCGCGAGGCAGAGAGAGAAGAGCUGCGACAAGGAGUUGAAGUACUGCGGCGAGAGUUACAAGAAAAGGAUGAUGAAAUUAGAAGACUUAGGGGGCAAGUCAGGGGACUAAAAGACUUUGUGAGCACGAGCACAAGAACGGACGACCAGACAAGCGACGAGGUCUUUGGUGAUGGAAUGACCAAGUUGGGCAACGGGCUGCAGAACUGGGUCAUUACCAACUUUAGAAAAGCAAAACUAGACUUAUCCCAGGCCAGUGACGCUACGCUUACGGAACUCGGCCAGCUCGUGCCCAUGUACGAAGAGCUGAUACACACGUCAAAAGUCCACCUAUUGCAGUCCAUUGUUUCGAGCAUCCUCGUUGAGAUGGUCUUCAAUGCCUACUACGUGGGACUCUCAGAAGAAGAUACGCAGCACUUUCAACAGAUGGAGCAACUACUCACUUCUUUUUGCUCCUCAACCGAUCCAGUCAACCAAUGGCGCUCGUCUACCUUGGCUCUCCUCCGCCGCGAGGCACACCACCUCCACGACAACACUGAUACAUUUGCCGAGGCUGUCAUAUCUCGCAUUACCCAGCUCCUCGACAGCAUCAUCACAUCCCCUCCGCCUCCGGCCUCGGCUUCAAUACCCCCAGCUUCAACUUCGACCUCGACCUCACCUUCGACCGCCCGAGGCUCCGCCCUCCGUGUACUAGUAAAAAACUCCAUCGAGCUAGCACGAUUGCUCGUUGUGCAAAAGGCCCGACUACGGGUCUACAUGCCCUCCAUCUUACCUCAUCAGCAAGUCCUUUUUGAACCAGAUACGAUGGAAGACAUCGGCGGGGAGGAAGACGAGGAGAACCUGGCUAGCCGGGAAAUUAACUGCGUUGUUUUCCCCGGCGUGAUUAAGCACGGGGACGAAAACGGGGGGCACAUGCAGUACCGCAACGUCAUUGUCAAGGCGAGGGUCCUGUGUAGUCCAGAAGAAUAGACAGACAUGACAUGAUGUUCCCACCGCAGUGACCAAAAAAAUGGGAAAAUAGAAAAAGUAAUUUACUAGGUAGCUACUAGUGCGAGCAAUUUUG